UGAAGAACAGAUCUGGCAACCCAGAUGGGGUCGUCUGGAGAAAAUUCUGCCAACAGCAGACUACUUGGCAUUACAGAAGGCUGGCUGCAGAAGCUGCGGUAACCUCUGUGCUGAAUCUGCUGUGCACUUUUGUCGCCAUCACAACGUUUCCAUCGACUCUGUGAAGAGUCUUGUCCUCGGUGUCAGAGGAUCGAUCUUCUGCCUGUUGUGAGGCCCGUUGGCACCUACAAGAGGAAAUACGCAACCGUUGAAAUCGGUGUUGAACAAAUCCAAGCAGUUUCUCCUUUUUUUUUUUUUUUUCUUCCCUCGUCUGGAGGAGGUUUGAAGCCGAGUCGUUCGUGUUGAUCCCCCGACCUGACAUCAUGGCAAAGAAAAACAGCCAGAAGGAUACAUCUGGGGUAGUGUUUGACACCCGCUCAAAAAUGGUCAUGUCGCAGGGAGGAACGGCAGAGAGGAUGAAGGAGAAGAUCAGUGCGGUCCGAGCCGUCGUCCCCAACAAAAGCAACAAUGAGAUUGUGCUGGUCCUGCAGCAUUUUGAGAACUGCGUCGACAAAGCUGUUCAGGCCUUCUUAGAAGGUAGCGCAGUUGAGAUCCUGAAGGAGUGGAAUGUCACCGGCAAAAAGAAGCCCAAGAAGAAAAAGAAGCCCAAGCCUCAAGUGGAGGCCUCCGCAGAGCCGCCUCCACCUGAAGCCACGUCCACGGAGGACGGGAAGGACCAGAUGAACGGCUUUCAUGCCAACGGGUCCGUGGCGGAUGGAGAGUCCCUGGACUCCCUGAGCGAACAGUUGGACUCGGCCUCCUUGGAUGCAGCGGAGCUCGACUCUGAGCCCACCACGUCUGAAACAGCCGGUGCCGAGGCAGAAAACCAAGUCAGAGCUCCAAGUCCCGCUCCUCCGCAGGAAGUGAGGAAUCACCAGGGGCCGAGAGGCAACAAGACGCGUCGCAAGCCGGGCUCAAACUCUCACGCCCCCACCUCCUCGUUAGUGACCGGCGCCGAUGAGCCGGGGUCUGCAGGAGCCAAGAAAAUGAGUUCCAACGUCGACCGCUCGGUGAAGGACCUGCAGAGAUGCACGGCCUCUCUGACUCGCUACAGGAUGGUCGUCAAGGAGGAGAUGGACUCUUCAGUCAAGAGGAUGAAGAAGACGUUUGGUGAGCUGCAGAGCUGUUUAAUGGACAGAGAAGUGACUCUUCUGACAGAAAUGGAUAAAGUGAAAGCAGAUGCCAUGAUGAUCUUGGACGCUCGACAGAAGAGAGCAGAAGAGCUGCGACGGCUGACGGAUCGUUCGGCGUCCAUGUCGGAGGAGCAGCUGACUGAACUGAGGGCCGACAUCAAGCACUUUGUGAGUGAACGUAAAUAUGACGAAGACCUCGGGAAAGCAGUGAGAUUUACGUUUGAUCUGGAACCACUGAAGACCAGCAUCACAACGUUUGGAUCAGUUUAUCACCCACGUACAGGCUACUCCAACCGCUCUCGUUGUAGCUCCACCUCCUCCUCCGUCACCAGCCCCAGCCUGAUGGAAACUCGACCUCCGUCCAUCCAGAGUGUCCCCAGUGAAGCCCACCGUCCCCCACCAACCAAACAGAUUUUCCAGGGUAACAGGCGUACUUUCCAGGGACAGGGCUUUCACUCCGGCGGCCAGCGGUUCAACGGCGGUUCUUACCACGACAGGAACGCUGCCCGUGCUAACCACAACCGCUACCAGGGCGAUGGCGCUCACACUUCCCAUCAGUCCAGCAACUCUCGAGCUCCCGUUCACCCCUCUUCCUCCUCCUCCUCCUCCUCCACGUCCUUCCACAACCCAGACCGAUCCACUCACAACGGGCUUCCCCAAAGGCCUCAGCGGACGCACUGUCCUUGACACAGGAGACGUCGGUCCAGAUCCAGAGCCUCCUCCCUCCGAUUACGCCCCCCCUGCACUUCCCUCCCUGUCACCCCACCACCUGCCCCCCUCCUCCACUCCCCCCCAUACUAACUCCUUUCAAUGAAGAAUAGAA